AUGAAGACAGAUGGUGGAGGAUAUAUUCUUAUUGGAAAAAUAAACAAGUCCGUCAUAUGGUCGGUUCCGUCCAGUGAUGAUCCAGUUAAACCAUUUGGUAAACCUCACUGGUGCAGUUCAUUCGGUGAGGUUAAUAUUAUUGAUUUCAGGGUUCAGAUGGCUUCUAAAGAAAAUUUUGCAACAACAAAGGCUCAUUGGUAAGAAUAACUAUGAAUAGAGGCUAGCGUUAAAAAUUUUUUAAACGUUGACAUUAAAUUAUUUUAAGGUGGCUCCUUACUGUUUUUCAGCAAGAGGAAAAUUUACGGUUUAGGGCGUAAUUUUUUAAUAAUUCGUAAAAUUCGUGUUGAAAAGCAAACAGUGUCUGAAAUAGAAAAUACUAUAUCUGAAUAGUUUAUUUUUUACCAAUAUUGAUGUUACUUCCGUUGCUAUGGUAACCAUUACAUUUCAUUACAACCUAUUUUGUUGGCUUUAAACAGAUUUAGCUGCAAAAUAAGAGUGUAACUGACGGUGUGACUAAGGCGUGACCGACGCAUUGCAAACGAAACGGAGUGAAACAGGAUAAUACUAUAUAGCUAUUACAUAACACAUAUUUUACUUAAAUGAACAUUUUAUUUCGUUUUAUUAAACGUAAGCACAAAUUCAGUAAGGUUUGUUUCUAAAAUUUCUAAGGUAAUCAAAUUCAAGGAAGAUGACGUCAGUGUUAAGUUGUUCCUAAUUUGAUAUUCAAUUUCGUAACCUGUUUCACGAUGUUUGUUUUCAUUGCAUCUGAAAAUCUGAAAUUAUUUGCCGUUUACAGCGCUAAACGCAUGCAAAUCUUUCAUAAAAGACAAGGAAUACAGUAUAUUUUUUAGACUUGUCAUAUAAUAAAUAUCCUAUAUAUUGAAUAUGGUUCGACAAACAAAAUGUUUAUGUCUACAGACUACAAGAUGCAAUACAAUGUCGACACAUUAUCCUGAGUUUUGGCCAAAUCUACGAAAAACGAGCAAAAAAAAAACAGUCAUUGAGUAAAUUAUGUAGUUGUUCUAAGCCAAUCAGAAUGCAUAAAACGCGCGUCAUCACAUGAAAUUUUUGAGCAAACAUUUAGGAAUCAUAUGAGGUCACUUCAGAGCUUUGCUGCCUGCGGUUUUUGUUUUCUUCCAUGGAAUAGAUAUAUAUUGUUCUUAAAUAAAUUCUUUUCAACUUCCUCGUGCGGAUUUUGGAUCAAUUGCGUGAUUGCGAAGAUCUAUAGGUCUUCAAGCUUUGCCUUGCACAAAGCUUGAAUAUUAUCCCUUGAAUUUGUAGGCUUCGAACGGAUUAGCGCAUUUAAAAGUUUUUCAAAUCGAGGUUUGAGAGGUUUUAUUUUUUAAAAGUUUUAAUUAACUCGUUUUUCGUCAAUUUGGUCGACCUCAGGAUAUUUAACAGUUAUUCUACGAAUUCGAGUCGAAUAUGAGCUGAUAGCCGAUGAGGCGCGUAGCGCCGAAUCGGCUAUCGCUUAUAUUCGACGAGAGUGAGUGGAAUAACUGUUUUAUUAUAUACACAAGAUCUGAAUUCACAGACUUUGCUUUUCGGAUAUUUUCAAUAUUUUUCUAUUUUGUUUAUGUUUUAAUCUUCGCUCUUUCGGCCGAUUAUUUUUUCAAAAAUAUAUAUUUUUGACCAUUUUAAAUUUUAAAAAUUCAUUUGCUAACCUGUAAACAAUUUGUGGAAGUUUCUUCAUUGUGUUUUUUAUCCUGUAAAAGCUAUAAAAAGCGAACAACUUGCCGUUUUCUCGUUCGCAAACGUCGGAAAUUCAGUUUGAGCCGCCAUUUUGCUUUUCUCUACUAGCAGGAUAUGAUCUAAUAUCCUGCUAGUAGAGAACCAAUCAGAUUGCAGAAUACCCCAUAUCCAGACCUUGCGUAUAUAAUAAUAAUAAAUAUGUGUCAGCAACUUUCGUCUUUUCUGAUUUAGUUGUUUGUUGAUUAACUUUGCAGGGCUUAUAGAUUACAUAAUCCUCGCAAGCUGAAAAACCUCAUGAUUAUCGACAAAGGUUGUUCUCCAAAUUCGCCGGGUAUCGGAGAUGUUGAAAAUGUGAAAAACUUGGCGACAGGAGAUAUACUUACCACCACUUUUCGAUGCUCAAAAUUUGGUAUCGGUCAUCACCCGAGUUCAAAUACUGGAUGG